AUGGCUGAGUCGUCGACCCCCGCCCCAGCUGCUCUCAGGUUCCGUUCGUCUCUCUGGGUACCCUCGGAGUACGACUUCCUCCCGGCUGCGCGCUCAAUUUGCGACGCCAGCUGGAAACACUUCGUUGCUCACAAGGCUAUCAGGUCCGCGGUCAGUCUGGGUAACGGGACGUACGUGGUGUCGCCCAACGCGACUUACGUCCCCGCUCUGCCCCCGAGCCAUACGGACCAGGAGGAAAUACUAUCGGAUGGGCGACGUGGUCUGUUCGAGCCGGGAUAUCACCCGCAGUACUGGAACAACGCCAGCGGGCACUUGCCCUUCAUCUACAAGAUCCCCGAAGGACCGGAGGGACGCGAUCCCGCCUUCGUCACGAUUGACUGUCGGAGACGCGGAGUCCCUGUGACUUUCCGAGCCUCCAACAAUGGCAGCGGGAAGGGUCUCCCAAUCCGCGAGUUCGUCGAAGCUCUCCAAGCUCUCUACCGAGCUGAGCUUGAACGGGCAGAAGGGUACUUCCUGAAAGAUCACGAGCCUCCCCUCGCUCUCAAGCUGCGACCCGGGCAAGUGCAGGAGGUCUUCAUCAGCCUCCCUUACAAUACGACGGUGUUGUACGAAGCCCGGAAGAACGUCGCGGUGAUCCAACGACACCUGCUGGAGCUGCGUGGGUACUCAGCUCGCUCGUACCUGCAGGAAGCUUUCGAUGCGGGGAGGUUCUCUAUCCCUCGCUCGGAAGCCAGUGGCAAAGGGUGCUGGGUUAGAGAAGGGGACGACAAAAUCCUCAAACGUCUAACUUGGUUCGGGGUGCCGGUUUGGUACGUCUCCCGCGCCGCCACUCCCGCCCCUGGGCGAAUACUCUCCUUCGCUCCCCUCGACCGUCGCCUCUCGCUCGACCCUUGGGACGAGGCGGAACACGGUCCCCGAGUCCACAUCGGGAAGAAGACGAAGAAACGUCUUGCGCAGGAGAAAGCCGAACAGGAUGACGCGGACGAGGACUCGGAUUUCUUCUAUCCACCUCGCAGCCGACCGUGUCUUCCCCUUCCCACUCCGUCCAGCAGUAGUCGAGCGCCGCGGACCCCUGCGCCAGUUCCCUCCCUCCUCCCUCCAUCAUUGUCGGACGAGGAGGGGUGGAUUAACCACCCACCAGUCUCUCCCCUCCCUGUCUCUCCGGAAGAAAGGAUCCUUCUUGGCAGGACUCCCUCGCCGCGAGCAGGGUCCCCUAUGGUGAUCUCCCCCCCGCGCCCAACACGCGUGAGCCCAGCCAGGAGGGAGGAGAGCAGGACUCCGAUACCUUCCGCCCCGGUCGACCCCGAUCCCUCCUCGUCGCCGACCAUCCCCAUCGCCGCGCAGGAUGGAACUUCCUCCUGGAAGACCGUCCCCGCCUCGCCCGAGGUCCCCCAGGCGUCUGAACCGCCUGCAAUCCGUCCCGGUCCGAGCACCGCACCCUCCGCUUCGAUCAACCCCCGGCCCUCUGAGUCCCAACGUCCCCCUCUCAUUGAACGCCUCGCAUCUCGACCCCCCGAGCAGAGCCUCUCCUUGAUUGACCGGAUACAACACGCUUCCCUCCUGUCACGACUGCAGGAAGCAGAACUCCCGGGACGUACCGAGCUCGAGCCAUCCCCAUCAGGAGCGCUGAUCGAUCGAAUAACUCGCCCGUUGAGCGAAAGGAUCAGCGACGAACGCAUCGCGGGAGAAGGAGAGGCGCCCCCCGAGGAACAAACGUAUUCCCAACCACCCGGAACGGUUGAGGAAGACGUCGAGGUCGUCACCCUAGCCGCUCCCGCCCCGCCGGCGAGCGAAGGGCUCCACGUCGUGCAACUGCCGUCUGGUAUUCCGCUGAGGACGCGCCUCCCCAUAACCACGGGCGAGGAAGCCAUCGCGUACCUACGCGAACCAUUCGAACGAGGUUCUCAAUCGCCAGCAUUCAGGCUCAGGGACGAGGACGAUUACGGUCCGGAACCCUUUUACCCACCCUCCGGCCAACAUCCGGUUCCCCCCCCGCACCUCCUACUCGCCGCUGGGGACGAAGGCUACCUAGCGACUAUCCUGUGGCUGAAAGCGCGCGGACCAUGCCUCGCCGGACUCUCGGCCCCGCCUCAGCAGUGGGCCACUUCUAACUCGAAGCAGUGGCAAUCUCGCCUUCGCGGUGCCAAGCCCUUGCAGGUCGCCGCGCGCAGCAUCCCCACGAGACCUCUCCCGGACGACGUCAUCUCCCCCUUUCGCAACCCACUCCCGCACGAGCGCGAGAACGAAACCUGGGAGCUUCGAACGUUCCAUUUCCGACUGGACUUCGAACGCUUGGCGCAGCAGAUGCACCCGGGCAUCCAGGCGGCCUCCAGCAGUACCGCAAGAGGUACGAUCUGGGCCGGCAUCCGCGACCGUAUCCGUCGCGUCUGGGGGGCUGGGACGACUCUAUACCCGUCAACACUCGAACCUCGCUACUUCGACAACGAGGAUGACCUGGUGAGGCUGCGUCACUGGUUCGCCCUGGGACGGUUGAUGCUGGAGUGGAACCUUCGACCCGACCUCGAGCACGACCUUCAAGUCGCGAUGGGGGGCUCUGUGACGGAUGCGGCGGACCGCAUACGAAACGUAUUCAUCACACUGUAUAAACGACAGUUUAAUAAUCGUGACCCGCAGGUCUUCACGCCUCAAUACCCGGGAGCGCGCGCCCGGGAAAUCGACGCCUUCUUCUUGCUCUCAAACCACCUCGUACGCUUGCGACUUACCGCACCAUCCGAGACUGAGAGCCCUAAGGCGAUACCCGCUGCCCGCGCUCCUCGCCGGGUUAGCCCUCAGAGUGAGCUCCUCGCCACUCUGAGGAUGGAAGGCCGAGAGCCGCUACCCAACGACGAGGCUAUUCGCUGCGCCAUGCGUCUCAAAUCCAAAGUGCACUCGAAGAAGUCCCAGGCCUCUAGCACUCUGCCCGAAGAUGACGCUCUUCCGCCAUCACCAACACCGCCGGCUCAGUUCACCUACGCUGAUCAAGUUCUCCUCAUGUGGCAGUUCCUCAGUGAGAGCAACGUUGACGACUUUAUUGACGCGUUUCGCAGGGCCGGAUUGCACAACCCCGACUCCCUGCGCACUGUCAUCGAACGCGUGCAAGCGGAUGCUCGUAGGCUCCAGCACUCAUCACUCCUCUUGGAGGUCCCUGUUCCCGACGUGCCGUCAUCGGACUCGGAUGCGGGCCUGCCGGGAUCAUCUGUGGCUUAG